AGUUUAUACUAUAUCAGAGUUGGAGCGGGAGAUGGAGCCGGAGCGAAAGGGCGAGGGAGCGGAGACAGCAGCUGCCCUUCUGCUACGGCAUCUCCUUUGGGAGUGGGAAGGGGAGAGGAGGGCAGUGAACGGGGUAGGAGAUUAGUAGGGAGAGAGGAGAGAAGGGGGAGAGGAGAAAGCAGCUGCCUGCCUGAAGCGUCCCCAGUGGAGGGCAACGGGUCAGGCUGGGCUGGGCCUGGGAGCUUGGUGCUGUGGUGCGCUGGUAUCACAGCUGUGGCCGGCACUGCUGCAGGUGUGGAAAGCCAGCAGCAGGAACGGGUCUGGGGACACAGUGCCCCGACAGCACCCCAAACCGUACGGGGCCCUGCUGUCUGGCACUGCCCAUUGAGCUGUCAUCGUCGGUCGAGCGUCUCUGCCCAGAUUGAGGGGCACAGUUGCCACUUUCCCAUUUACAGGCUUCACGGCAAUAGUAGCUGAGCACGUACCCAGGAGACACACAGGCAGGGACAAGCAUGCCCAUUUGGGGAAGAUAGACGCAGGCCAGUACCCCCAGUAGCUGCUUUUGGAGACCCCAAAUGGACUUGCCACAUUUUCCUGGAGGCUGAGACCCCCUUUCCCUGCUUGGGGGACCCCUGGCUCCAGCAGCUGACAGCACAGGGCAGGGAUGUCCUUGUGCUGAGUCUGACUCCAGCAGCUAGCAUCAAAUCCACUUCUGCCACUCCAUGAGGAAUUGCUACGUUCUCCUUGCAGCACAUGUGUGCAUGGGACAGAGCGAGAUUAUGGAGACAUAAGGAAAUAUUCCAGAAGAGGACAGGACAGACAGCGGUGCUCACGUGCAGGGCCCAGCCACGCAAGUACAGGCUGCAGCCCCUUUUACACCCUGCUCUGUCUGCCCUAGUGUACUCCUCCCAGCUCCCAAUUCCCUGCACGUCCCCUCAUGGGGUUGUAUAGGUCUGUCCUGCACCCACCCCAGCGUGUGUCCUAGCUCACAGCUGUAGGAGGUGCAAGGCCCAAGCUGAUCUCCCUGUGGCUUCUUGAUAGGCCACCAACUGGUGUUGUGACUGCCCACAUUUGAUCUCUUCUCUUCCUCCUUCAUCAUCUAUCAGUCAGGUUUGUAUCCCUGUGUGUUGUUUCCAGCUUCCUGCAGUUCUUUCUCUCGGCCCCCCUCCCAAGUGCUGAAGGGCUGCUUCUAGGGUAGGAAACAAGGAGGGAGGAGCUGAAAGGUAAGAAAGAAAAUAAGGGCUGCUGUGGAAGCAGUGAUGGCAGCUUCCCCAAGACCUCCAUGUCAGAAGAGAGUAGAGAAAACAGCAUGGCCCUGAAAGCAGAGACAGCAAACACAUCAGAGGAAACAAAGAAACAACCUCCCUCUGUUUCUCAGGUUUCGCAUGGCUUCCUUCACCUUCUCGGUCUUUACGCUGUAGGUUGGUGCAUGGAGCAGAGGGAAUCACAGCCCUGGAGAAGAUGGACACCACUUUGUUGUGGGAGAAGUUUGCAAUGGGGUGGGUAUAGAGGAGGGAACGUAGCCCCCGGCAUGAUACAAGUGCAGGGAAGUGAGAGUGAGCAGACAGUGUCUUGUGUCUCCUCACACGUCUACAUUCAGAGGGAGACCAGGAGCACCCUGCAGGAGCUCAAGGAGCACAGGAAAACUGGUGGUGCUGUUGUAUUUAAGGAGCACAGCAGUCCAGAAGCUCUCUGCAGAAGGCAGCUGCAUGACUGACAGCAAGUCCCAGAAGGAGCUGCGAUUGUGUAGAGCCAGAGCAGGGCAAACGAAGGGUGAGCGCCGCUUGUGCCAAGGAGGGGAGCAGGAGCUCAGCCCACAGGCCUCCCACCAGACUGGAGUUCUGCAGUGGGUGGCAGAUGCACGCAGCUUGGUCAUAGGCCAUGAGUGUGAAGAGGAUAUCCCAGUUUAGGCCCGCUAGUGGAGGAAGAGGAGCCAGACCACACCGCUGGAAAAGUAAAUUGUCCAUAAAGAGGCGUCCUGACCAAGACAUGGCACAUGUCAAUGAAUGAGAGGUUUCCAAAGACAAAUUACACAGAAGGAUGCAUGGGCUAUUUGGGCACCCCACACGAGUGUAUUCCCAGCCUGGAUCAAGAGGUAGAUGGCUGAGAAUUCCAGAAUGAAGAGCAGCAGCUCUCAGCUCUCAGACAAACCCAGCAGCAACAAAAGAAACCUCUCUCUAGGCUUUCCCCUCACUCCUGUGGGAAGGAGAUAGAGUUGCUGCUCAGGAUUCAUUGCCUUCCACCACUCAAUAUCUUCUGUAGGUAAAACACAGCAGGGCCUCAGCAAUCCAGGAUGUUCCUUGACAGACAGUUGAAAGUAAAAUCCGAACUCUGGAGUUCAGGAGAGCAGUAUUUGUUUUCUUCACUGUGUGCACAACUAUCUAUGUGUGUGUCCAAAUAUACUUCAGUAUGCAUCCAGGAGUGUCUGUGAGUGCACCCAUGAAAUCAUGCAUCUUUUGACAUGAGCAGCAGUGUGCAUGAGUGCUGUUCCCUCCACCCGCUUUUGAUGUCAUGAAUGAUAUCGGUACGUGAUCAUGGGUCACCCUUGGAAUUAACAGAAACAGUGAUCUGUCAACAGCAUCCCUCCAAGGCUGGUAUGUGGUGACUGUGCAUGAUCCUCCUCCAGAGGAUCACAGGCUGCACCUCCAGCACGCACGUAGUCCAACCCUGUUUUCAGAGCGGAUCUCAUCAGAUCAGGUUGCUUAGGAUCAAGUCCAGGCAAAGUCUGAGCUUUUCAGAGGGUGGAGCUCCAAUAGCAUCUCUUUGGCAAUCUGCUCUAGGACUUGAUCGCCUUCAAGGUAAAUAUUUCUUCCAUGUAUAUUUCAUCCAUAUAACCAAGCCUACCCAUUUCUGAAAUUGCACGCAUUAGCCCCAGACUUGCUAUGCUUCAUCUCCAGAGUUCAGCUCUGUUUCCUUUGCAUCCUCCUGUGAAGUGGGAGUAGACAAUACACGUCUGUUUGGCUUUCUGUGUUGCACUGUUCCCUCCUCCCACAGCACAGCAACACCAGGACCCAUGUUCCUCUGGUUCAGUACCACUUCUGCCCAAGUUUUCAGGCCCUGCAUGACUCAGCACCGGGCCCAUGAGUCACAGAUGUAUGUGUGGCAUUGGUUUCCCCAUGGGGGACCUCUGUCCCACCCCACACACCACUGACACUGCACCAGCAGCAGAUCCACGCAGGGCUGGGCCUGCACAAAGAUGGCAGGAUUUCUCAGCCUUUCUCCUUGUGCAUAAAGCUAAUGCCAUCCUUUUGAACUCUCUAGCCAUGGGGAGUGCAGCUGUGUCCUGGCCUGGAGAGGCAGGGAGGGGUGACUGCCACCAUGCUCUUACACUCUGAAUCCUGUGGUACAGAAUUAAAGAAAGGAUCCAAACUGUUGUGGGCCCAUCCUUGUUGGGGACUGACAUUGGCAAUGAACUUCUUAGGGUCAGGAGAAAGAGGGCUUCAGAUACAGAAAGCUGCAUUUCAGCAUAUGUGCUGUGGGCACUUCUGGGCUGUUUUUGUUCUGUGAUUGUUCAGCUGUUCUCAGGUUCCUUCUUCCUCUCUUCUUGCCAACUAAACAUCCACCACACAGAUCUCUCACACACUCUGCUGAAAGCAAGAUGUGGGGAGAGAAUGUGAUUUAAGCUAAAGGGCUUACAAGUGUAGACAGGGAUAAUAUAAUUAAAUGAAAAAGGAAGAAUAAUUAUAAAACUAAAGAGCGAAGGUUGUUUGGAAACAAACUGAGAGAAAAUUAUACUCCACUUCCCAUCAGCAAGUGAUGUUCGUCGAAGUCUUUGGAAGCACUGACUCAGUAUGCCCACCCCUGUUUUUCCUUCCCCUUUCACAUCUUUCCUGCUGAGUGUGACAUCAUCCAGUACGGAAUAUCCCUUUGGUUGGUUUAGGUCAGGUGCCCUGGUGAUGUCCCCUCCCAACCUCGUGCUCACGUGCAUACCUGCUGGCUUUGUGGGGCUUGGAGAGAGUCUUGAUGCCGUGUCAGCACUGCUCCACUAUAGCCCCAAUGUUGGUGUGAUGGCAAUGCUGUUCUAGCUCCAAGUGCAGAGCACAGCACUCUAGGGGCUGCUGUGGGGAAUGCUGAGUCUGUCCCACAUAGCCCUAAUACAGGCCAGUGCCCACAAGGGACGAACAUGUGCAUGAAUGUGACACAGUGUACAGCAAAGACAGAAUUUGAGCAAAGCACAUGUUUUGAAGAGAUAGAGAGGGGAGGCGGACUGUGAGCCUUCCAGAAGGCACGGGAGCCAGGUCUUUUGACAAAACAAUGUCAGCUUUCUUGGGCCUUGAACUUCAGGCCUGAGAAUUCCAUUUGUUAGCCUGAGUAGCAGUGGUAAGGAAAGUGCUGGAGUGCCCCGACUGAUCACUGGUGGGUGUUAUGACAGAAAUAAGCUUGCGUCAUGUAAGGAGAUGGUGUAUGAUUUUAUUCAUUUUUUAAAGCAAAAAACGAAAGGCAUCAAGUUAUGGGAGUGAAGAAGGAAUUCCCUAUGGACAGGAUCUGCACUGUGUGUCUUGGGAAAACCCACCCGGCUCUGUCCGAUGCUGGUAGAAGGCAGGAUCACCUGCACAUGGAAGGUUUCCUUUCUGUGUACAUUCAUCUUGUUAUUCCUUCUAACUAAAACAGCCACUGACCCGAUGGGCCUUUCUUUUGUGAUCCAGAAAGGGCCCUGCACAACCUCUCCCCCUGUACAGACACCCCUGGGUCAGAGCAGGAGGAGGCAAAACAGGCCAGCAGGUUUUCCCUGAGGGCAGUGUCAGGAUGGUUAGGGUCACAGACAGGAGCUGAGUCACCUGUAGCCAAAGGGGCCCCAGAGAGUCCCUAGGGAGUCACCCAGAAUGACAACAUACGCUUUUACUGGACUCUUCCAGCACGUGAGCUGAGUCUUCUGCCCACACUGACAUGUGUUGCCUGGAAAUACUUGGGCCUCCCUACCUGCCACUCAGGAGUUGCCUUCUUUGGGGAAAGGGCAUAAAGCAGGAAAUGAAAAGCAGCAUCACAGGAAGGCAACACACAUCCCGUAUCAUUAGGUGGGAUGUUUUUCAUGCAUGAGUAGCUUGUCAGAAAAUAGUCCCUGCUUCAAGGGAUGCCUCUGGACAUGGGGCAGCUAAGGCCCACUAUAAAAGCCAGCCCAGCUCCGUGCUCUCUCAUCCACUUCUCUGGCCUUCUUCUUGUUGGGAACCAGGUGAACCUCCUGCCCCCAGACAUGUCCUGCUACGACCAGUGCCGGCCAUGCCAGCCCUGCGGCCCGACCCCGCUGGCCAGCAGCUGCAACGAGCCCUGCGUCAGGCAGUGCCAGAACUCCACCAUCGUCAUCCAGCCCUCUCCCGUGGUGGUGACCCUGCCCGGCCCCAUCCUCAGCUCCUUCCCGCAGAACACGGCUGUGGGAUCCUCCACCUCUGCUGCCGUUGGCAGCAUCCUCAGCUGUGACGGCGUCCCCAUCAAUUCUGGGUGCUGUGACCUCUCCUGCAUUACCAGCCGCUACUGUGGCAGCAGGUGCCGCCCCUGCUAAAGAUGCCAGACAGUGCCCCAGACCAGGACCCCAGGAACUCACAACAUGCUGCUGGCCAAAAUGGAUGGAAGAAGAGACCUCAUGUUGUUGUUCUGAGAGGACCUGACCAUCUCUGGCUUUCCUGUAAAGACAGAUAGGAAGGGGCCAGCCCGGAGUCUAUGAUAACAUGACCAAUGUCUUCCUAUCCUGUUUUCUACACGCUCUUUCUCUUUCUUUGCUUUCUUGCCCUCUCCUUUGUGUGAGGCCCUCAGAAACCAGUCUGGAGAGACCUGGUAGACCCUCUCCCCAUGUGGGCCAGGUAGAUUGAUGCCCUGUUGCAAGUCUGCCAUUGGAAAAGCUGAACAGAUUUUUGUCUGCUCCUGCUUACUACGAUCUUGGGGCCUCCUCUUGGAGUCACCUCCUUUCCCUCCUGAGCCUUGAUAAACAUUUGCAGCAACCCUGA